CAGCCGCCCCCGCGCGGGAAACAAACCCGGCUGUCAAGCGGCCUGGAGCUGACAGUACCCGGGCCCGGGACUGGGUUUCUUCUUCAGAGGAUUGUUCCAGCCAACCCCUUUCGUCCUGGCACCGUCGGCCGCAGCCUGAACCACGGCGGGGUUGGGUGUUUUUCCCCUCUGCGGUUUAUGGGUGUCUGUUGGGGGGGCUCAAGCCUGAGGAGACCCCGCGCGCCCCGCUCCCCCUCAGGGAGGCCGGUGGGCGGGAAACGGCCGCGCGUGCGAGGAAGCCCCUCGCUCACCUGAGGGAGCGCCCCCCGCCUGGCUCCUCCCUGGCCGCUGGAGGGGCGGGCAGUCCGCGCUCGGCUCCGGCGGCGGGCACGGCUGGCGGGGCGGCGGCGGGAGAGGCACGAAGUUGACCGGGAUCCGCCUCAGAGGGCGAGGCGGCCUGGGACGGCUUUGCAUCUGAUAUAAUUUAUAUCCCUCCCAUAUGAUGACAACUUUACGGGGAGAUCAGUGCUACGAUAAAACUUGAGUUUGGAUUAGCAUCUGCAGUUGAUGGAAGAAUAGUUGUUACAGCUUUUAUCUUUCUCCUGUUUUUCUCUUUAGCAUGGUAUAUAUGGGAGAUGUGGAUUUAAUUCACUGCAAAAAUGGUCUGUGGUGUGUCCUGUGUAAGGAAUUUUACCUCAGCUAAAGGAUGACAAAGAUGAAAAAAAGACCUGGUGACCUAAAGCUGUGUGGCUGUAUGGUUGUCGGCUUGCAAAAGGAACAGGGAGAAUUUUACAAGCUGAAAUAACAGGGUGCUGGAACUGUUGCUUUUGGAGAUACUGUGUUAUGGCCUACAUUUUUUAACUAUAAUCCUCUGAUAAUCAUGGAGCCAUAUUUUGCUGGUUUUAAGCACUUGCAGCAGGACUAUGAAGUCACUCUUGAACUUGCAAGUGAGGAGACUCAAAAAACUAGAAAUGCACAAAAUUCUAGGAUGGGGUCUUAUGGUGUCAGUAUUAGAGUCCAAGGAAUUGAUGGACAUCCAUACAUAAUACUAAACAAUACAGAAGGAUGUUUGUCAGAAAAUCCUCCUCCUUCUGGAAAAGAACAGCAGGCCAUUUCUCAGACUGCAAGCAAGCCAGCCACCGACUCCAAUAUUGCUUGUAAGUUGGAGGACAAAAACAGUGAAUGCACAAAGUUUCCUGGAACACAGCACAUGCAACCCUGUAUGCUUAAAAGCCUGAAGAUAACCAACCUGGAUGAAAAGGAAAAUACAAUAUCAGAGGUUAAAGAUGGAACAAUGAAAUCCUCCAAUUUGUUGAACUUUCAGAGACAUCCUGAACUGUUACAGCCUUAUGAUCCUGAAAAAAAUAACUUGAACUUGGAUAAUUACCAAUCUUCUCUGUGCAGUAAAUCGAAAUCUUUGGCAGAUGAAGAUAAAACUGAAGCAAAGCCUUGGGUUUCCUCACCUCAAGUAGUAUCUCUACAGAAAACAAAUACUUAUCUUGCAGAGCCAGCCAAAGCAAAUUCAGAAAAGAUAUAUUUGACCAGGUCAGUAGAAGACCAAAGUAGGCAGCUCCUGGAUUGUCCCAGUAGCACAAACAGCCCCAAUGAAGGGUGUGUUUCAGAAUCGUUUUCAUCUGCAGGAGGAUCCCAGUGUAUUAGUCCCACUGCUUAUCCAGAGACAAGAAAACCUCGGCCAGAUGUUCUUCCCUUCCGCAGACAGGAUUCAGCUGGGCCAGUACUGGAUGACUCACGAAGAUCAUCGUCCUCAUCAGCUACUCCCACUUCUGCAAAUUCCUUAUACAGAUUUUUACUUGAUGACCAGGAAUAUGCCAUCUAUGCAGACAAUGUUAAUAGGCAUGAAAACAGAAGAUAUAUCCCAUUUUUGCCUGGAACUGGUCGUGAUAUUGACACUGGUUCACUUCCAGGAGUAGAUCAGCUAAUUGAAAAGUUUGAUAAGAAAGUUGAUAAGAGAGGUAGGUCAGGAAAAAGGAACCGAAUUCAUCCAGAUGAUCGUAAAAGAUCACGAAGCGUUGAUAGUGCCUUGUCAUUAGGGAAUGAUGUAAAUUCAGAUUAUCUGGGUGAAUUCAAUAAAAGCUUGGGCAAGUCAACAGAGCACUUGCUGAAACCGUCUAAAGUCUGCCUUCACAAGCAGUUAUCCAGAGAUGAAAAGUCACAUUCCAAAGAGAUGAAGAUUUCUGCUCGAAAUAUUGGAAAACUGCAAAUGCCUGAUAAAGACACUCAGAACAGUAAUUUCAAUUCUUUGCAAUACCAUAAACAAAAUGGAGCUGAUACCGAGAGCUUUAUGUUUAGGUCAUCUACACUCCCAGGACAGAGUAAGAGAGAGGAAGUUAAAACAGUAACCUCUACUUUAUUGUUGCCAAACCGAAUCACAAUUCCACCUGAUUCAGGAGCCAAGAAAAUUUCUGUAAAAACAUUUUCAUCUGUCCCUAAUACACAGGCAACUCCUGAUCUCUUAAAAGGCCAGCAAGAUCUUGCACAGCAAACAAAUGAAGAGACUGCUAAACAGAUACUUUACAAUUACCUUAAGGAAGGAAGUGCUGAUAAUGAUGAUGCAACAAAAAGGAAAGUCAACUUGGUUUUUGAGAAAAUUCAGACUUUAAAGUCAAGAGCUGCUGGAAAGACACAGGUUUCAGAUUCUUCGGCUGAAGUAAAAGCAUUGGUGGAUCAAAAAGCAGAACUUGAAAGGAAAGUGGAAGAAUUAGAGAAAAAACUGGAUCUAGAAAUGAGGAAUCAGCAGAAUUCCAAAGAGGAAAGAGAUGCUACCCGAGCAAGUCUGAAAGAUCUUCAGUUGCAACUUGAUGAAAGUAUAUGUGAAAAAGAAGCCUUAAAAAAGCAACUGGAAGAAAGCGAGAAGGAACUCAGGCAAAACCUAGAGGAGCUUUUUCAAGUGAAGAUGGAACAGGAACAACACCAGACUGAGAUCAGAGAUCUUCAAGACCAGCUCUCUGAGAUGCAUGAUGAACUGGAUAAUGCAAAACAUACUGAAGAAGGAGAGAAAGAGGUUCUGAUUGAGGAGCUGAUGCAAAUGAAGCAGGAUCUGCAAGAAGUAUUAAUAGCCAAAGAUCAACAAGAAGAGAUUUUGAGAAAAAGAGAGAGAGAGCUUACAGCUUUAAAAGGAGCACUAAAAGAAGAAGUAUCUAGCCAUGACAUGGAGAUGGAUAAACUUAAAGAGCAACAUGAUAAAGAAUUGCUUGAUCUACAACAGAGACUGGAGAAAGCAACAGAGAGUGCUGCUGUCCUUGCCAGUGAAAGAAACACUGCACAAGAGGUGCGAAACAGUAUAGCAAAUCAAGUCAAGGAGCUGACUGAGGAAAACGAACUGUUGAAGAGAACAGUUGAUGAGCUAGAGAGUAAAAUUGAAGAGCUGCACAAACAAAUUGGUAAUAUGAAAGAAGAAGAAAAUUCAGUGAAGGAAAAAAUGAAGAGAUAUGAGGAAGAGAAGCAAGAAUUAGAACAAGCUUUGAAACAUGCUGAGAGGGAGGCAAAAGAAUUGGUAGUGUUAAAAAGCUCUUUGGAAAGCCAAGUAGAAGAUAUGCAGGAGAACAUCCGUUGCCUUUCGCAGGAGCAGCAACAGUUAACUCAGCAACUAAAAGAUGAAACUCAGCAGAAGGAACAGUUGAAGCAGAUAAAGAGAGAAAUGGAGAAUGAACAGUGGCAACUGAACAAGACUGUUGAAAAGUUACAGAAGGAGAUGUCUGAAAUGGUAGAAGUCUCAAGAACAUCGACCCUGGAGCUUCAGAACCAGCUUGAUGAAUACAAGGAGAAAAAUCGCAGGGAACUUGCAGAUGUGCAGAGACAAUUGAAAGAAAAAAAUUUUGAGGUAGAAAAAUCACGCCUGACAACCAUGCGAAUGCAAGAUGAGAUGCGCCUCAUGGAAGAAAACUUGAGGGACCACCAGAGAGCUCAGGAUGAGGCAAUAACAAAAACUCAGCUGCUAGAACAGACUGUGAAAGGCUUGGAGUAUGAACUUGAAGCCAAAAACCACUUAAAAGAUGAUCGUGCAAGACAAAUCAAACUAAUGGAGGACAAGUUGUCUCACCUGGAACUUGAGCUUGAUGAAGAAAAGACUAAUUCAGAUUUGCUGUCUGAGAGGAUCAGUAGAUGCAGAGAACAGAUUGAACAAAUGAGGACAGAAUUACUUCAAGAAAGAGCUAUAAAGCAAGAUUUGGAGUGUGACAAGAUUUCAUUGGAAAGACAGAACAAAGACUUGAAGAGCCGAAUCCUUCACCUGGAGGGCUCUUACCGAUCCAGUAAAGAGGGACUUGUUGCUCAAAUGGAAGCGAGGAUCACAGAGCUAGAAGAACGACUUGAAAAUGAAGAGAGGGAUAGAGCUAAUUUACAACUGAGUAACCGCAGACUUGAGAGAAAAGUGAAGGAGUUAAUGUUGCAAGUAGAUGAUGAACAUCUCUCCUUGACUGAUCAAAAGGACCAGUUGAAUUUGCGUUUGAAAGCAAUGAAACGUCAAGUUGAAGAAGCUGAAGAAGAAAUAGACAGACUGGAAAGUGCUAAAAAGAAACUCCAGAGGGAACUGGAAGAGCAGCUAGACAUGAAUGAACAAUUGCAAGGACAGCUUAAUGCUGCAAAGAAAGAAUUAAGUAGACUGAAGAAGUCACCAAGUAAAGUGUUGGCCGAUUCUGAUGAUGAUGACGAUGACGAUUUCAGCACAGAUGGUGACAGUCUUUGUGAAGUACCUUCAGGGAAUAGCUUUUCAAAAGAUGAUGACACAAAAAUCUGAAUAAGUAUUGAAUCUCUGAUUCCUCGAAAGUACUGAAAAUUAUCAAUGAACUAGAUGUUCUAGAAGCCAAAUGACAUAAAGGGAUUUAAGUGUUGGGAAUAUAAUGUUUCCAUCCGUACUGUGCCAUUUUCUUACUUAGAUCUUCACUGUCUAUUAUAGAAAACAGGAUUGCAUUAUAAAACAGCUAUAAAACAUGGAUAUAUAUAUAUAUAUAUAACUGCUACUGAAAACAGAGGGAUAAUGUUUCAUGAUGGAAAUGUGAUUUUGCUAAUAUUCUGUUUAAGUAAAAAGCCAUUUGAAAAUAUUUCAAAAUUAGUUUGUAGUUAUUAAAAGCUUUUCCCUAAAAUUAAAGAAAACACAGGAGAUUAUUUAAUGAUUGUAAGCAGGGGGAAAUUAUGUAUAAAAUGUAAAUAUUUAAAAUCUGAUCUUUUUAUUGCCUAGUACUAUUUUGUAAAGUUUUUAAUAUUAUAUAAAUCAGUUUCAUAUGUAAAGUACUUAAAUUUAUACUGAAUGCUAUAUUUGGGUUUUGUCUAAGAAGAAAACAAAAUUAAUAUGUUUUGUGCAUUACAGAGCAGAUUCACAGGUCCUGAGCCCGGAAGAACAUUCCCAUUUUAAAACCAGUGCAAGUUUUAUUGUAUGUAUUCCCUAUAUUAGAGACCAAAUGUUAAUCCUGCCUGUUGACUUUAAAAGGACCAUCACAUCUGCGUGAUGAGUGAGGAUUGCCUACAGCUUUCUUGUAAACUGCCUUUAAGAAGCUUUCUGUUUGUAGUCGGGGAGGGUGAGAAUGAGGUCAGUUAUUACUUGGCGUCUUUUCAUUUCCUGAAACGGACUCCAUAUUGCCAGAGGCAAGACAUUAUAGGCCUGCUGGUUUGAGGGCAUCAGGGCAGGCUUAUCUUAAAGUCUUUAAGGAAUUCCACUCAUUCCUGUAAAAUUACUUGUGGUCUUUGAAUUAGGUCCAUGCUUAAAUCUAUUUGUUAAUAUUUCCCAAAAUUUUAUGCACCUGGCAAGAAAUUGCACCAAGGAAACAAAGUAUGUAAUCUGAUAUUUUCUCUCUAAGCUGUUCUUCAGCAUCAGUUUGUGGUAUAUUGCAGUGUUUGGUCAUAUAUGCAGACAUAUAUUAGUAUUUCAGUUUGCAGAAGUAUCUCCAUUUUGGGUGAUCCAUCCGUUCAACAAACUUUGUGGGAAAUUUAACAGGAAAAAAACCCCAAGCUUUGCAGAUUUUAUUUUAAAAGCAUUUACCAUUUUAUUGCUAAAAAUAUUUUUGUAAUUUAUAUUACACCAGACUGUUUUUGCUCCUUCACAAAUCUAGAAUUCUAAGUAAAGGGCACUACUACAUAAUUUUGUUAAGAAAGCAUAGUUAGGUGCUAUCUGAUUAUUAGUAUUUGUCCCCAGUUAGAGGUUAGUGGGCCACUUCAUAGUGGGAUGUCACUGUAAAAAAUACUUUAAACUGAAGUUGCUGGGAGCUUCCAUUAUGCCCACAAAGGCAUCUACUGAAGAGGACAAAUUAAACAGCUCUGAAAGUGAGGCUGAUGGACUUGGUUAAGGCAAAAGUCCUGACAAUGGCAGUAUCCAUUUUCAUAUGAUUAUAUGAAAUGAAACUCCUGCCUGCAGGAUCAGAAAUAUGCUCAUACAUUGCAGAUUAUAGACUCUUCUGCUGUGUAAUUCCCUUCAACUUGGUGUUGGUGGUUUGAGAUAUAUGGGAAAUAAUAUGAACAGCAUUUUUGUAAUACUCUGUCUCUGAACCUUGUAUAUAUUUUCAAAUAGCAGACAUCAUAUAAUUUUUUGCAGUACUAGUUUUACUAUUUGAACAACACAGAAACAACCUUUCCUUGAAGAAGGUCUGCACUAUACUGUACUGAUAAUCAUCAUAUAGCCUGCUGUGAUUUAUUUGUUGUUGCUUCAUUUGCAUGUUUUUGUAGGCUUAACUUUAAACAACUGAUUCCAACCUCCAGCACUCUGUCCUAAUGUUCACAGAUGACUAUUAUUUCAAACUACUGGAAGAAAGUCACUUAAUAUUACAUCUACCUCUGGUUACUAAACUGUAAAAGAAAAAUUCACUUAAAAUAAACGGUCAGUCAGCUCUUUCUGUUCUUUGUACGUGCACAUAGCUUGAUAUGACAAUUGAAUUUUAUAUGGAAGAUGCAUGUGUUUAAAAUAUAAAAGAAAAUAAUAAUCUGGGGAAUACUGAUGCUGUAAACAAGUCUCUGCAUUUUCCUCUUUUUGGAUAACUACUUUCUUUGUAACUUGGAAAGCAGGUCGCUGGUAUAAAAUCUAGAAGACUCCUUUUCUCAUUUGAACUUAUAAUAAGUUAGAAGGAAGGAGACACAUUGUUGUGGACUCCUAGUGGGAAAGAUCUUGCUUAUUAGACCUUCCUCCCCCCAUGUCUUCAUAAAAAUAACUGGUCUUUGUUCAUUUAGGCUUGGAAAUGGCAUUUCCUCUUUAGAGUUCUCAAAUGAUAUGAGUAAAAUCAAAAUAAAAUCUGAAGAUGUUGAAAAGGGUACUUCAAAUCGUUCACAAACCAGUCGGUAGCUGUGCUUCUUGAGACAUGCUAGCUAUGGUGAGGGUAGGGUCUGGGUCUUGAUUGUCAUGAAAAAACAUUGCUAAUAGUUUAAGGAUGUCUGAUUUGUUUACUCCAUCUCAUGGCAGUUUUUGAUCAAAACUCAUCUUAAGUCAAGGUUUAGUUUAGAAAAACUUCCCUGAUAUUUCUGUGUAAUCUAGUUCUAUUAAUAAAUGAAUUUCAGAAGAAGCUCUUACUCCAUAAAAAGAAGGAAGAUGGAGAAUAUGUGAAGAAAGAUGAUAGUGAGACAUUCAGUCCCUAGAACUUCGUACAAAUACCAGAAUUUCUGGCGUAUUACAGAGGGACAUGGCUUGAAUUCUGAGCUAUAGAGACCUUCAGUUUUCUUUGAUGAUACCAUAAUAUCUCAUAAACAGACUGAAGCUAAAUCACUUUUGAUAUAAGCCUGACCUGAUGACUUACAUAGUGGGUGCUUUUCUCUCAGUGUAAGUAAUCUAUAAUGAACAAUGAUCUUUUUGUCAUCUCUGGGAUUAAUGGCCUUUCAUAGCCCACUGACAUUUUGACCAUUUUUAUGUGGUGAGAGAUUUUCUAUAAAAACAAUAUUUUUUCCUGUUAUAAAUUUUGUUCUGCCUAAAUAUACAUGUUCUUCAAA